UCACGACGAGUCACCUGCUGACCGUGAAGCUGGCCAUGGUCCGCUAUUCUCAUAUACGGCGUCAAUUAAGCGUGCUUCAGGUCGUUCGUUCGCGUUCGUAUUAGGCGGAGCAGCUCGAGAAAUUCAGAAAAUCAGACAUGGGCAAUGCUCUUACCGCAGCGUCGGUAUCGGCUGCUGACGUGAUAGCACCGUUGUCUCAACAAAUCACCAAGCCAGAAUCUCACAGGACGAAGGAGAAACAGACUCAACCGCCGCCGGAAUGUCCCAUGCACAAGUCGGGUCAAUUUAACACUAUAAAUUAUGCCAGCGAGUGUCCGAUGGACAAAAUGGACGCGAGUGAAAUAAAUCCAUUGAAUAUGAUGCCACCGGGGAAUCAGCAACCUGCUCCAGACCAACCGUUUCCUUUGCCGACCGACAGACAGGUUUCGUCGAUACCUAAAGCAACCGGGCACGAAGGAGAAUUUUGGGUGUAUCCCUCCCAACAAAUGUUCUGGAAUGCUAUGCUGAGGAAGGGAUGGCGAUGGAAAAACGAAGAUAUCUGCCAGAAAGAUAUGGACGACAUAAUAAAAAUUCACAACGCCAAUAACGAACAGGCGUGGCAAGAGGUUCUCAAAUGGGAGGCCCUUCACGCGCGAGAGUGCGGCAGUCCCAAGCUGCGCAGCUUCGGUGGAAAAGCGUCCAAAUACUCUCCACGUGCGCGUAUUCGCUAUUGGUUAGGAUAUGAACUGCCAUUCGACCGACACGAUUGGAUCAUAGAUCGCUGUGGUAAAGACGUAAGAUAUAUUAUUGAUUACUAUGACGGUGGGAAAGUCAACGAGAAGUACACAUUCGCGUUACUCGAUGUGAGACCUGCGAUGGAUUCGUGGGAGAAUAUCUGGGAUCGGAUGAAAGUGGCAUGGUGGCGUUGGAGAUACCAAUCCAACGACGAACCAGUGUCUGCCAUAGUGCAUUAG